AUGGAAUUGCUUUACUUAUGCACUUUUGGGUGGUCAAGAGACUUCAAGAAUCUCUGUGAUUGGUACACUCACCUUCUCCAAAAUUCUCCUAGACAAACCAUUCACAUUCAUGUUCUUGGUAACAUAAUCACUGCCAAUCCUGACAAUGUUGAGUACAUUCUGAAAACAAAAUUUGAAAACUAUCCAAAAGGAAGACCUUUUUCUAGGAUCCUUGGUGAUCUUCUAGGCAAAGGUAUUUUCAAUGUAGAUGGCGAUUUGUGGCUGUUUCAAAGGAAAAUGGCUAGUCUAGAGCUCGCAAGCGUCUCAAUUCGAAACUAUGCAUUUGAGAUUGUCAACACCGAGAUCAAAUGCCGGCUUCUCCCUCUUUUGACAUCAGCUGCCAACAGUAAACAUGGUGGCCUAAUAGAUUUACAGGAUGUUUUCAGACGAUUUUCGUUCGAUAACAUUUGUAAAUUUUCUUUCGGACUAGACCCCGGUUGUCUUGAAUCAUCAUUGCCGAUUUCUGUUUUCGCCGAGUCCUUCGAUCUUGCGACGAAGUUAUCAGCAGAGAGAGCUAUGGCAACGCUGCCAUUAGUUUGGAAGAUCAAACGGUUUCUCAACAUGGGCACAGAGAAAAAGCUCAAGGAAGCUAUUGAGGUUGUCAACUUGCUUGCCGAUGAGGUCAUCCUGCAGAAAAGGAAGUUAGGUUUCUCUACAAAUCAAGAUCUUCUAUCCAGAUUCAUGGCUUGCGUUGCUGAUGAUCAAUAUUUGAAAGACAUUGUUACAAGUUUCAUCUUGGCAGGCCGAGACACAAUGGCCUCAGCAUUGACAACAUUCUUCUGGCUACUAGCAAAUCACCCAAAAGUUGUGUCCAAAAUUAGAGAGGAGUCAAACCAAGUGAUGGCAUCAAAUCAAGAAUUUGCAAGCUAUGAACAAAUAAGGGAAAUGCAUUAUCUCCACGCAGUUGUUAACGAAAGCCUGAGAUUAUAUCCACCAGUGCAAUUUGACUCAAAAUUUGCCAUAGAAGAUGAUUUUUUGCCUGACGGGACUUUUGUUAGGAAGGGGACUAGGGUCACUUACCAUCCUUAUGCAAUGGGUCGAAUGGAAACAAUCUGGGGACUAGAUUGUAUGGAAUUUAGGCCAGAAAGGUGGCUUAAAAAUGGUACUUUUUGUCCAAUCAGUCCAUUCAAGUGCCCAGUUUUUCAGGCUGGGAUUCGAGUUUGCUUGGGGAAGGAAAUGUCACUUGUGGAGAUGAAAAUUGUAGCUCUUUCUGUAUUCCAAAAGUUCGACAUCAAAAUCGUAGCACCUGAGGUUGCACCCCGGUUCAGUCCGGGGCUAACUGCAAUGCUAAGCGGUGGGCUUCAGGCUGAAAUUAGAGAAAGGGAUAACGUACCAUAA